GGAUCAGCGAGAAAGUGGCAGGAGGCCCCUUCAGCACGAAGAAUAGCACUGAACUUUUUCCAUCGAGAACAGCGAGUGCUGAUCCGGCUGCUCCGCCAAGGGAAAACGCUCAUCCCACCGAGACAGGUGUGACAAGCGUAAGUGCACAGCAGUCGUCCAUGCUAACUUUGAGCAACGAAACCAGCAGUGGCACGACAGGCGUCAUCAUUACCAAGGAACAACAAGAGCAGGGAGGUCAGCGUCAGCAGCACGACCUUGAUGAGGACGACGGAUGGAAUUGGAGCGAUGAUGAUGAAGAUGCUUUGGUGGCGCAGGACAACAUGAAGACACUGAGCAGCGCUAGCGGGACGAACAAGAGUAAAGAUAACGUUUCCGUUCCUGCUGUGUUGCAGCAAGAAGAGGAAGUUGAUGGAGGCGGGGAAAUACAGGCUUCUGCUGCACUAUUUCCCCAGGAUAAGGAUGAUGUGAGUGCUGCUGUUGAAAAGGUUAUGGAUGUCGAACAACAAGUCGAUCUCUCCUUUAAAAGAACAAGAGUUGCAGACGAUGCAUUUGUUUGGGAAGAUGAGGACGAAAGUGGUUUGCCACCAACUACUUCUCCCGUUAUUUCACCUCGUGUAGGUGUAGAAGAACAACUGCGACAGCAGGAGCAGUCCUCCCGUGUAGAACAACAACAACAGCAACAACAUCAACAGCAAGGGCGUGCUUGUGCAACUAGGGACGAGCUAGCAGGGCCAGCUCUUUCAUCUUCUCGAAUACCACCGGCUAACGAGGAGAAAACGAAGCCGGCACAUGAAGAAGUAGACGACGACGAAAUGUCAUGGUUGGAUCAGGGUGACAGCGUCGAAUUUCACCCCGCACACCAGCAUGCACAACCGAAGCAGGACGUCGAGCAACAGAAAAUGAACCAAGCACUUGACUCAUUCGCAAAGUCUUCCGUAGUUGUCGACGAGACUCUGCAUGUCGUCGCGAAGAUCAGGACAACAUCACCAAAGGAGAAAGACGCAGUACUAGUAGAGGAGAGUGUCGUAAAAACAAUAAGUCCGAAGAUGUUGUCGUCAAAAGAAGAUGGUGUAACAAAAAGUGAAUUAAGUAGUUGUGCAGGAGACGACAGGGACAAUUUCCCAGGAGAUUCAUCUAGACGCAUCGCAAAUGUAGUUGGUGCGAACCCGUUGCUUUCAGGCACCGUUGCUGACCUACUCGCGCUCGAUGAUGAGGAGGAAGAUUUACCUUGGGAACAAGAAACCGAGAUGCAAAAAGAACAAUUUUCACAACAAGAUGUGUCUUCAGGUACAGGAACGAAGAAAGCGACAUCAAAUGCAGCCGUUCUCCAAGAUGCAUCAUUUGCAUUUCCUUCACCGGCAGCGUCCUCAGGGUUUGAUUUCGAUGACGAUGUGGGAGCGAUUCUUGCAGGAGCAGGUAUGGAGGAUCCAGAACCACUGUCAUUGAGUAUCGACGCCGGGCCGCUUCCAUGGGAAAUGGACGAUAUCGAGGAUCCUUCGCCUUCGUCUCCCCCAGCAGCAGCUGUGGCAAAGCAAGCAAGUCCUUCACCCAUCGUUCCUAUUUCAGGAGUUACAUCAGGG